AUGCGGCCCCGCGGUGCCCAUGGGGACAUGACCUGCGGUGGCACCUCCUCCCACGAUGGCUUUGGCCAUGAUGGCACCUCCCACCGUGACGUUUUCUGCGGUGGCUUUGGCAUCUCCUGCCGUGACGCCUCCCAUGGUGACAUCACCCCGACUGGUGGCAUCCCCCGUGACGUCAUCUCUCACAGCGGUGGCAUCUUUCACGGUGGCGUCUCCCACAGCGAUGACAUCUCCUACGAUGGUGGCAUCUCUCACGACAGUAUCUCCCAUGGUGGUGGCGUUUCCCAGCCUGGUGGCAUCUCCCACACUGGCAGCAGGUCCCACGGUGAUGGCAUCUCCCAGAAGAGUGAUGUUUCCUAUGGUGCUGGCAUCUUCCACAACAGCGUCUCCCACGGUGGUGGCAUCUCCCACGGUGGUGGCAUCUCCCAUGACAGCGUCUCCCACGGUGGUGGCAUCUCCCGUGACGACAUCUUCCAUCAUUGUGGCAUCUCCCACAGUCGUGGCAUCGUCUCCUCUGGUGGUGGCACCUCCCUUAAUGCCACCUCCCAGGCUGGUGGCAUCUCCCACACCAGCAGCAUGUCCCCUGGUGGUGGCAUCUCCCAGAAUAGUGACAUUUUCCACAGUGGUGACAUCUCCCACAGCCGUGGUGUCACCCAAACCAGCGGCAUCACCCACGAUGGCAACUCUCACGGUGGCAUCUUCAGCGGUGGCACCUCCUGCAGUGGCAGCUCCCACCUUGGUGGCAUCUCCCAUGGUGGUGACAUCUCUCACCGCCAUGGCAUCACCCAAACAAGCGGCAUCUCCCACGAUGGCAACUCUCGCAGUGGCAUCUGCCAUGAUGGCAUCUCCCAUGGUGGUGGCAUCUCCGAUGGUGGUGGCACGUUCCACAGCCGUGGUGGCACCCAAACCAGCAGCGUCUCCCACGAUGGCAACUCUCGCAGUGGCAUCUCCCACGGUGGUGGCACCUCCCAAACCGUCCCCUCCUGCCACGGUGCCAUCUCCACCAGCUUCCUCCUCCGCCUCUCCCACCAUCCCCGGUGGCCUCCCCACCUCCUCCUGCUCCUCCUCCUCCUCCUCCUCCACCCGCCCCCGACCCGAGGGGCCACCUUCAAGGUGGGGGUGAUGGGUCCUUGGACCUGCGACCCCCUCCUGGCCCGGGCUUUGCCCGAGGUGGCCUCCCGUUUGGCUGUGGCCCGUCUCAACCGCGACCCAACCCUCAACCAAGGCUACUGGUGGGACGCGGUGGUGUUGGCCGAGGCGUGCCGGACCCCCCAGGCCGUGACUGGGCUACUCAACGUUGAACGUUAUGCCACCGGGCUGGUGGGACCCCUCAACCCGGCCACCUGUGGGGCCGCCGGGCUCUUGGCGGCUGCCUGGAACAAGCCCUUGGUCUCCUGGUCUUGCUUGGGUGAUGUGGAAGGGUUGGACACCUUGGUUACCCCCAUGCCGGAGCCCGCCAGGGUGCUUCACGCCGUCCUCCGCUUCUUCCGCUGGGCCCACGUGGCCGUGAUCUCCGCCCCACAGGACCUCUGGCGCGAGGUGGGGCAGGGCUUGGCCCAGGACCUCCGGGCUCUGGGGCUGCCCGUCACCGUCGUCGCUGCUGCCGGGACCCAGGAGGACGAGGCCCGCGAGGCUCUGAGGAGGGUGCAGAGGGCUGAUGGCGUCAGAGUGGUGGUGAUGUGCAUGCACUCGGUGCUGCUGGGCGGCGAGGAGCAACGGGUGCUCCUGGAGAAGGCUGAGGACAUGCGCAUGACUGAUGGCACCUACGUCUUUGUCCCCUACGACGCCCUCACCUUCCCCCUGCCCUACCACCGCGUGCCCUACCCCGUCCUGGCCAACAACACCAAGCUGCGCCUGGCCUACGACGCUGUCCUCACCAUCACUGUUGACUCGCCCAACGUCACCUUCCACGAGGCCCUGCGCCAGGCCAAGGAGACCUAUGAGAUCCCUACGCACAUCGACCCCACCCAGGUCCACCCCCUCUUCGCCACCAUCUACAACUCCAUCCACUUCUUGGCCAAGGCGGUGGAGGCCACACGACAAACCGGCCGCUGGGUGAUGGGCACCAGCGUGGCCGAGCACGCCCGCGACUUCCGCCUGGAGGGCUUCUGCCAACCCUUCUCCGUCACCGAGGACGGGGACGUCAACGUCCCCUACGUGGUGCUGGACACGGACGGCAAAGGCAACCAGCUGUGGCCGGUCUACGGGCUGGAACCGGGCACGCGGGGGUUGAGCUACCGUGGCCACGGUGUCCACUGGCCCCACAGCUCCAGCCCCGGCACUGACGCUGGCUGCUGGUUUGAGUCGGGGUCCAUCUGCCACGGGGGGGUGGACGCCACCUUCGUGCUCCUCAUGUUUGUCCUCAUCUCCGCCCUCAUUGCGCUUGGGGCUGCCAUCGCCUGCUUCAUCAGGCGCCGCAUCCAGCAGGCCCAGCUGAUGAAGGGACCCAAUAAGAUCAUCCUCACCAUGGAGGACCUGACCUUCAUCAACACCCAGAGCAGCAAGCGGGUGGACGGCAGCCGUACCAGCUUGGCCGGCCGCAGCGGGGGGGACACCAAGAGCAUCAGAAGCGUGACCGCGGCCCCCGACACCACCAACGUGGCCAUCGCUGAGGGCGCCGAAAACCCGAAGGGCAACGGUCACCUCCCCCUCCUCGUCCUUUUGUUUAACCAGCAGGGCCUUGUCGCCUCCGUGCAGGGUGACUGGGUCUGGCUGAAGAAGUUCCCUGGAGACCAACACAGUGAGGUGAAACCGGCCACCAAGCUGGCCUUCUGCAAGCUGCGUGACCUGCGCCACGAGAACGUCAACCUCUUCCUGGGCUUCUUCCAUGACUGUGGCAUCUUCGCCAUCGUCUCAGAGCACUGCUCCCGCGGCAGCCUGGAGGACCUGCUGCGCAACGAGGACAUGAAGCUCGACUGGAUGUUCAAGUCCUCCCUCCUCAUCGACCUCAUCAAGGGCGUGCGGUACCUGCAUCACCGCGACGUGGUCCACGGGCGCCUCAAGUCCCGGAACUGCGUGGUGGACGGUCGCUUCGUGCUGAAGGUCACCGACCACGGCUACAACGAGCUGCUGGAGGCCCAGCGCAUCCCCGCCCCCACCCCCCAGCCACAGGAGCGGCUGUGGACGGCGCCGGAGCUGCUGCGCGACGCGGCGCUGGAACGACGCGGCUCCUUCCGCGGGGACGUCUACGGCAUCGGCAUCAUCAUGCAGGAGGUGAUCUGCCGCAGCGGCCCCUACUGCAUGCUGGGGCUGCCGCCCGAAGAGAUCAUCGAGAAGGUUCGGCGACCACCCCCGCUGUGUCGCCCGGCCGUCUCGGCCGACCAGGCGCCGCUGGAGUGCAUCCACCUGAUGAAGCAGUGCUGGAGCGAGCAGCCCGAGCGGCGGCCCACCAUCGACCAGAUCUUCGACCAGUUCAAGAGCAUCAACAAGGGCCGGAAGACCAACAUCAUCGACUCCAUGCUGCGCAUGCUGGAGCAGUACUCCAGCAACCUGGAGGACCUCAUCCGGGAGCGCACCGAGGAGCUGGAGAUCGAGAAGCAGAAGACGGACAAGCUCCUCACCCAGAUGCUGCCCCCGUCAGUGGCCGAGGCCCUGAAGAUGGGCACCCCCGUGGAGCCCGAGUACUUUGAGGAGGUGACGCUCUACUUCAGCGACAUCGUGGGCUUCACCACCAUCUCAGCCAUGAGCGAGCCCAUCGAGGUGGUCGACCUCCUCAACGACCUUUACACCCUCUUUGACGCCAUCAUCGGCUCACAUGACGUCUACAAGGUGGAGACCAUUGGGGACGCCUACAUGGUGGCCUCGGGGCUGCCCAAGCGCAAUGGGAACCGCCACGCCGGCGAGAUCGCCAACAUGUCGCUGGACAUCCUCAGCUCCGUCGGCACCUUCAAGAUGCGCCACAUGCCCGAGGUGCCCGUCCGCAUCCGCAUCGGCCUCCACUCCGGACCCUGCGUGGCCGGCGUCGUGGGGCUCACCAUGCCGCGCUACUGCCUCUUCGGGGACACCGUCAACACGGCGUCACGCAUGGAGUCCACCGGCCUGCCGUACCGGAUCCACGUCAACGCCCGCACGGUGGCCAUCCUGCGGGCACUGCAGGAGGGAUUCAAGCUGGACAUCCGGGGCAAGACCGAGCUCAAGGGGAAGGGCGUGGAGGACACGUACUGGCUGGUGGGACGCGAGGGCUUCACCAAACCCAUCCCCACCCCCCCAGACCUGCUGCCCGGGGCCAGCAACCACGGCAUCAGCCUGGACGAGAUCCCGGCCGAGCGGAGGAAGAAGCUGGAGAAGGCCCGGCCGGGGCAGGUGCCCAAAUAACCACGGCCCAGCCCGGAGCCGGAGGGAGGUGCCAGCCCCUCCCCCACACGGCCCCGCCCCCCCGGUGCACGAUGGGACGGCAGGAAACCGAGAGGGAGGAGUCAACGCAUCGAUUGGCUGCUGCAGACCACGCCCUGGCCAGCUAGUGACGUCACAGGAAGUGGCUCCCCACAGCACAAGGCGCUUCCGGACUUUUAAAGGGGCAGGCGUUUUCCGUCUGGCGACAGGAAUUGCCCUUUAAGGGGCGGGGCCUUCCCCCAGAAGGGGGCGGGGCCUCACCCACCCAGCCAAUGGCAGCGCAGGGACGGAGGACGCCCUUAAAGGGGCGGUGCCCUCGGUGGAUUUUUUUUGUCGGCAGACAAAAAAAAGAGAAAGGCCCUCGGAAGGGAGAGGAGCCUGUCUGGGGCGGGCGGCCAUAUUGG